UUCUUUUUUUUAGUGGAACAGGAAGAGCAUUUAUCUGUGAAUACGAACCAGCAACAUGUACAGCCGAUGCUAAGCUUAUGACCUAUUAGAAUAAACUCUUUCUUUAAAAUCGGUUACUAAUGUAUUCAAGGAAGAAUGUCGUCCGAUUUAAUGUUAGACUUCGAGACUCAAGAACAACAAAUGAUGAACAGUGAAACUGGCACCAUGUCCAUCGACCAGGAUGGCGAGUGGGACAUCAGCCUGUUUGACGAGCUGGACAACCUUGGAGAUGCAGACGAACUUUUUCAGGCCUUGGAGUGUGUGGGAUAUGCCGGCGAUGCCCCAGACCUCGACUUUGACAUCGACCUGCCUCCCUGGAGCACUGACACAGGCAGCACCUACACAGAUGGGGGUCUGAGUGUGGACUCUCUCUCUCCUGCCCAUACCAUGAGCUCUGUCACCUCGCCUGCAUCCCGAGAGGCCCUGUCACCUUACUCCAUACAAGAGGAUCUAUCCCAAUCUCCUCAGCCCUCUCCUGCCGUCUCUGUCUGCUCCGAGUCCAGUGGCUUCUCAGAGCCCCCCCUGGCCAAGAGGGCCCCCAAGAGGACCAAUCAGGCCACGCGAGUGAAGAGGCCUAUCCAGCUCACCCCUAAGGUGUCCAUCCAGCCCAGACCAGUUGUAACGGCUGUACCCCAGCAUGCCGCGGGCCCUCUCCAGACCAUCAUCAUCCAGCCCCUGCAGACCACCCUGGUGCCUCACCCUGCUGUGGUCAAACCUGCCCCUGUCAGCAUACAGCCAGCGCCACCUAUAGGUGGUCCGUUGGUGCUGUGCCAGCCGGCCCAGGUGCUGCAGAUCCACACUCCAAAGGCAGUCACCGGGCACCUGGUUACCAUGCCAACACUGACCCAAGAGAGGCCCGCCCCCAUUGCAGUCACACUCCACAGCCCUGGCUCUGACGAAGAUUCGAAGGUGUCCCAGAGGCAGCAGAGGAUGAUAAAGAACAGGGAGUCAGCGUUUCAGUCCCGUAAGAAGAAGAAGGAGUACCUGCUGACACUGGAGGUCCGUCUCCAGAUGGCGCUGUCUGAGAACCAGCUGCUCAAGAACGAGAACGGCACCCUGAAGAGACAGCUGGAGGGACUACUGUCAGAGAACACGGUUCUGAAGACCAGUGCUCCUAAGAGGCGGGCCAUUUGUCUCAUGGUUGUACUGGUGUUCCUCAUGCUCAAUGUGGGACCAAUGAGUUUUUUUGAAGGUGGCCGUGGCUCUAAACUUCAGGCUGGCUCCAUGCACAGCGGCAGACAUCUGCUGGGCUUCUCCCAAGAGACAGACACCCCGGUGGGCCCCGAAUCCCUCCAGACCACCCCUCCGACCCACAGUUCGGAGGACAAGGCUUUGAUGGUGGUGAAGAAGGAUCCUCUGUUCUUCGGACCUCCUCCUCCCUGUCUGCCGCCUGUCAACAGGACCAAAUGCCUCAGGUUGAACCAUGAGCUGCGAGGCUGGGUCCAUCGACAUGAGGUGGAGCGGACCAAGACCAGACGCAUGAGCAACAGCCAACACCGAGCAAACAGGACUAUCCCUAAAGAUGAUAAGAAGGCUGAGGUGUCCCAGGUCCUAACAGUCCAGUACACUGACUCCACAGAGAAGAGCCCAGGUAAUGAGCUGCAGGUGUACUUCGCUCCUCACCGCACCUACAACGACUUCUUUGAUGAGAUCCAUCGCCGUGGAGACACCUUCUACGUGGUGUCUUUCCGCAGGGAUCACCUUUUACUUCCCGCUACCAGCCACAACAAAGGAAGUAGGCCCAAGAUGUCCGUGGUGUUGCCAGCCAUGAACAUUAAUGAUCGCGUGAUCAAGGACAAGGAGUUUGAGGUGAUGAUGCAGAUUGACUGUGAGGUCACAGACACCAGGAUCCUCCACAUCAAGUCCUCCAGUAUCCCACCAUUCCUGCGUGUCAACCGCACCGACACCCUGUACCCGCCUUCACCUGCGGACAGCAAGGCCACGCCUCCUGUCCAGGUGCUCAUGGGUUCCGCGUAACCUCUAUCAACCAAUCGAAUUAAUGCACAAACCCGUAACUCCCACCAACCAAUUGAACAGUGAAAUUGAAAAAAUGGAACAACAACAAACGUCUGUUCUCCUUCACCAGUUUAACAGAUGGAACAACAACAGGUCACAUGUUUCUAUUUACCUUGUGUUCUUUUUUUAAUUUUCUACAGAUCUGAGAUAAUUUUUAAAUGAUUAUAUACUAAUGUAUUUGACUGAACUCUGGUAUCAGGUUUUCUCCCUUAUCCUUGAUUUGGAUUAUGCAAUACCAAGCUAGCUCAAAUGGUCAGUGUGAGUUAGCCAUUCUGUUUUCAGCUCUGAUAUCCGUCAUGGUUGUUGAAGGUCAAAGACCAGGGCCAGGCUCUGUGUGUGUCUGGACUGACCAGGACCAGGCUCUGUGUGUGUCUGGACUGACCAGGACCUGGCUCUGUGUGUGUCUGGACUGACCAGGACCUGGCUCUGUGUGUGUCUGGACUGACCAGGACCAGGCUCUGUGUGUGUCUGGACUGACCAGGACCAGGCUCUGUGUGUGUCUGGACUGACCAGGACCAGGCUCUGUGUGUGUCUGGACUGACCAGGACCAGGCUCUGUGUGUGUCUGGACUGAUUGACUGUGGCCCUACACUCCUCUUACCAGGGUAAUUGCUGAGCAACAGCAGGGGGCCGAGCAUUGAACCCUGAGUCACCCCAACAUAACACAAAUACAUUCACCCCAUGGCUGCCAUGUUGUUCUCUCCCUCCCUUUCUCUUCUUCAGUCUCCAUCCCUCACAUCUCUUUUGUUUUCUUGAGGCUUUAUAUAGAAGUAUUUCAUGCUGAUUGAAGCUUUUUUCACCCUCGCCUGUGAUACCAUUGAAAUGAUCACAGCAAUAGUGGCAAUACACUCAGGAAGUAAUUUCAACGUGUUAAAGCUAAAGCAGUCCAACCACUAAAAGUAUGGGUCACUGUUGUUUCUCUGAUUUUAGCUUUUGUUUUCAAUAUAGUGUAGCUACGAUGAAGAAUUCCUAUUGGAUGUUGUGUUUUUACUUCUGUUUGCACUGUGCUCAUAUACUUUGGGGAGUGUUAUACUCUACAGUUAUUUGUUGAAGUGCUAUCCUCUGUUUUGAAUAGAGACCACAUCUGUACUGAAAUGUUGUCAUACCUAUGAAAGUAUACUGUAUAUUUCAUUGAUCUGAAAAGUUAUUGUUUCCCAAAUAUGUUCCAUUUGGGGAUAAAUCAUAUUGUAUAGUGUGACUAUGUUAUUGUAGAGGUUUUGUUUGGAGAGAGUGGAUUGUAGUGUGGGUAGGGGAGAGAAGGGAUUGUCUGUCCACUUGGCCUGAUUGCACUUUUAUUGAAGUGCACUUUAACAAACAUACAUAUUUUCUGAUGGCGGAGGAUCCCUGUGCUCAGAAUAUGGAUGCACGUAUGACUAAGUCGUUUGGAUAAAAGCGUAUGUGUAUUAUAAUAUUUAGCUUACUGAAAAGAGCGUUUAAAAAAAGAAUAAUAAUAAUUAGUUGCCACGGGAACGCUUUGUGAAAUGAUGGGGCAUAAUACGUUUUGUUUUAAACAUUAAAUAGUUUAGCACCAUUGCUAGGCAACCUGCUUGUCUCAAACGUCUAGAUCUUGAUUCACUCACUUGAUUGACUCACUUGAUUGACUCACUUGAUUGACUCACUUGAUUGACUCACUUGAUUGACUCACUUGAUUGACUCACUUGAUUGACUCACUUCCCAACUGCAUUUGACGUUAAAGUAGUUUUAAUUUGUAAUACUAUAGUGACAUGUUCAGUUUGGUGUAUCCACGGUGUAUCCACGGUGUAUCCACGGUGUAUCCACGGUGUAUCCAUGGUGUGGGAGUCCUGAUUUAAAUAUCCUUUGUACGAUUGUUGUUUCAUUUCAGAAAGCAAUAGGAUCAUUUUUCUCCCCCAAAUAUUGUCGUUUAUAAGCGUUUUCUUUGAACGAGUGUUCUGAUUAGCGCAACAGCAUUUCAACCUUUUAAAUGUGACCCUCUAUCCACUCAUGUCUGUGUGUGUGUGACACCAGCAGUUAUAUUGUGCAUUUAUUUGCUUGAAAAACACGUUUUAUUCAGAGUAAUGUCAUUUUGACUAUGUACCCAUGAUUAUUCAGGGAGCUGAGAGGAAAAUUAUGACAGUUUCCACCUGAUGAAGAUUUUUGUAUAAUAUUGCUAAAUGCAAAUAAAUAAAACACUGGAUGAAA